UUCUCCAUUGUAGGUCACUGACGGUGCGGCUCCUCGCUUUCUUUCAGGCUGCGAGUGUUAGCCGCUGUCUGCUGUACUGUAGCUAGCUACGUACACUGGUACACUGAAAACUCCCCCGAAAAUAUGUGUACCUUUCGAUUUUAGUUUUCCUACCUCCAAACUUUAUUACACGCUUGGUCGAUCGGUGACAUACACCUACCACUAGUUCCCUGUUUUUAAGGAUUGCAGGUAAAAAGAGUUACGGGGGAAAUAAUUAAGAGGUACCGAAUGAAAUGGGAGAAAAGUAGCUAGUGAGCAGUACAUUUACCUAGUGAAGUUGGAGGAUAUUUCCUUGUGGAACUUAGCUAGCUAGCCAGCAUACGCGGUGGCGACCACGCACCAGCAUACUUUCUUUGGUCUAGAGUGGGCCCACCCUUCAUAGAGACCUCAUCAGUUGAGGUGGGCUAAGAUGAGUAUAACCAGUGAUGAAGUCAACUUCUUGGUUUACCGAUAUCUCCAGGAAUCUGGUUUCUCCCACUCGGCUUUCACCUUCGGCAUAGAGAGCCACAUCAGCCAGUCCAACAUCAAUGGAACGCUAGUGCCCCCUGCUGCCCUCAUCUCCAUCCUGCAGAAGGGCCUUCAGUACGUGGAGGCGGAGAUCAGCAUCAACGAGGAUGGCACGGUCUUCGACGGGCGGCCGAUCGAGUCCCUGUCGCUCAUUGACGCGGUGAUGCCGGACGUGGUGCAGACGCGUCAGCAGGCUUUCCGGGAGAAGCUAGCACAGCAGCAGCAGCAACAGCAGCAGCAGCAGCAGCAGCAGCAGCAACAGGCCGUCGGCGCCAUGGCGACCGUACAGCCGAACGCGCCGAAGAACGGGGAGACCACCAUGAACGGGGACGAGAACGGGGCGCACACGAUGAAUAACCACGCGGAGAUCGCCAUGGAGAUCGACGGGCAGAUGGAGAUCCCUGCCAACAAGGCGACCGUGCUGAGGGGCCACGAAUCCGAGGUCUUCAUCUGCGCCUGGAACCCUGUCAGCGAUCUCCUGGCAUCGGGCUCGGGUGACUCUACUGCACGGAUCUGGAACCUGAACGAGAGUGGGAACAAUGGUUCCACCCAGCUGGUUCUCAGACACUGCAUUAGAGAGGGUGGGCAGGAUGUCCCCAGCAACAAGGAUGUUACCUCCCUGGACUGGAACAGUGAUGGGACACUCCUAGCAACAGGAUCAUAUGACGGCUUUGCGAGGAUAUGGACUAAAGAUGGUAAUCUGGCGAGCACAUUAGGGCAGCAUAAAGGUCCUAUAUUUGCACUGAAGUGGAAUAAGAAAGGAAACUCCAUCCUGAGCGCAGGGGUGGACAAGACGACAAUCAUCUGGGACGCACACACAGGUGAAGCCAAGCAGCAGUUCCCCUUCCAUUCAGCGCCCGCCCUGGACGUUGACUGGCAGAACAACACCACCUUUGCCUCCUGCAGCACGGACAUGUGCAUCCACGUGUGCCGGCUGGGCAGCGACCGGCCUCUCAAGACCUUCCAGGGACAUACGAACGAGGUCAACGCCAUCAAGUGGGACCCCUCGGGGAUGCUGCUGGCCUCCUGCUCUGAUGACAUGACCCUAAAGAUCUGGAGUAUGAAGCAGGACUCGUGCGUGCACGACCUCCAGGCUCACAGCAAAGAGAUUUACACAAUCAAGUGGAGCCCCACCGGGCCUGGCACCAGCAACCCCAACUCCAACAUCAUGCUCGCCAGCGCCUCCUUUGACUCGACGGUGAGGCUGUGGGACGUGGACAGAGGCGUCUGCAUCCACACGCUGACCAAACACCAGGAGCCCGUCUACAGCGUGGCCUUCAGCCCCGACGGGAAGUACCUGGCCAGCGGCUCCUUCGACAAGUGCGUCCACAUCUGGAACACCGCGAGUGGAGCCUUAGUGCACAGCUACAGAGGGACCGGGGGCAUCUUCGAGGUGUGCUGGAACAGCACAGGGGACAAAGUGGGGGCCAGUGCAUCUGAUGGAUCGGUCUGUGUUCUGGAUCUUCGAAAAUAAAGUCUGAGCACGGAUUUUGAAGAUGGACCGUGGAAUGUUUGGCGAAACGCUGUCUGUUGUGCCGGUUUCAAACACUGCUGUUUUGAAAUCAAAAUCGCACAACAACCAGCAACCAGGUUCCCCUCGGCAACGCAGAAAUGGCCACCCACCUGUCGGGGGGGGGGCGGGGGGGGGGUGGGGGUGGGGGCCAUGGGGAGCCUGAAAACCCAAACAGAAGGCUGUGCCAAAAAAGAGAAAUAUACUCCAAAUCCAGAAAACCAAAAGGAAGAGAAAGCCCCCUCUGGAAGAUGCAGACUUGUGUUGAAUUUAACUUUGGUCACGGUCACAGAAGGUCGCGUUCUUUGUCUUUGAUGGUCGCUUCCUGUGCGAGAGCCAGGGUUCACCCAGCAGGUCAGCCCGUUUCGGUCACUUUUAUAAGCCGGUCAAAGACCAGAGUUAUCAUCACUUUCUUUACCGGCUUUCCUUGGAAUGUCGUCUGGACUUUCGCCGGGGCACCCGAAGAACACAAAAUGUGUAUUUUCUUUUUUAUUUUUAUUUUUUCCUUUUCAAUCAUUUGGAAUUGGAUGUCUGGAAAGUUGGAAAGACAUGGUCAUGAGGGUCAUUGUGGGAGCUCUGUGUACACCUUCUUUUAUUAACAUUAAGAUCAAUGAAGAAUCACAACUGCCAAGACUAACUUUUUUUUAUUGAAGUUUUAAUGAAAUGUGUAAUUCAUAUUAAAAAAAAAAAAGAAAAACUUUUUGUGGAUAUUAGUGCUGACACAAAAUGAGUGAUUCAUAAUUAUAUAAUCUCCCUCGUUUGGAUGUAAAUUUAAUGAAUGUAAAGAUUUGUAAAUUAGAUGAAUAUACACAUUUAUAUACUGUGUAUAUAUGUUUAUAUACAGUGCACAACACACGUGUCAUCCUUUAAGGUCUGAAGGCUCUUUGUUUCUCUUAACAUUUCCCCAAGCAGACAUUUGGCUACACCGUUCUUUAUUUUCAUUUUUUUAAUUUGCCUUUUUUAUUUUGUUUAAAUGUUUCAAGAUUCUGCCAGUUGGUAGUUUGGUAGUUUGUGCCCACUGGAUAGUACAGAGGCCACCGCUCAAGUGUGCCGUCAUAACAGAGUGGCACUGCAACGCUAGCAGUGUUCACACCAGCCUCAGUCGAAGUGGUUCUCUGCUUCUCUUUGCACCUCGGGCAUUGAUGGAUAUGUCCUGCUGCUGUUGGCGUAGGGGGCACUCUGCUUUUUUGGGCGGUUCUGACGGGCCUGACGGCUGCCACUGCCCACCCGUUAGCGCCCCUGCUCCGUGGCAGAUCGAGCCCCUUGUGGGUUUAAUGGGUUUAUUUGGCACACCGCCCUACGUCAGCUCGACCUGCAGAGUGUUACGCGCACACGCCUACUUAAGCAAGGUGCUGUCAGUAAGCUGGGUACCUCCGUUGCGUCCCUUGACACCUCCACAUCGGUGCUAAACAAACAAAAUAAACGACACGUUGAAAAGACAGGAGAGAAGGGCGGCCGCCUAGCAACCAAAGCUUGAUAGAAACGACAGUCCACUUUUGUUUGAGGGUGAACUUGAGACUUGAAUUGCAGAUGGGAGGCCAGGCCAUCUGAAAUGUGAGCAAAUGUUGUGAGCAGUAUUGUUUGGGGUAUCACAUGCUAUCGCUGUGGUCGCCAGUUAAUGCGAUAGAAAAACCGUUUUACGUCAUCAGUCUGUUUAUUUAUUUUAGAUUGGUUCCAGUUUCUGCAGUAAUAAAGGGGUGCGAAUGAACUGCAAGAUUCUAUGUGAUGGAAAAUGGCCUUUGGCGACUUGCUCUCCAGAGGAUUUCCUCAUUUGAAGUUGUUGACAGCUCUCUUCGCGUCUCAAUUAUUGCUCACACGCAAGAUCGAAUUGUUGAGGUGAUCAGACUGUCGCAGUCUGUUGUCAUGAGUUUUAAUGAAUUAACCACCAGUGGCUUGGCUUUCUUCAGCUGUGAUUGUUCAGGCACAGUCCUCAGCUCUGAUUGGCCCAGUGAACAGUGGUUGAAUCAAUGGCAGCAUCCUAAUUGGCCGCUUGUGGGCAUUGUUAUUUAGCCUUUCUCAGCUUUGGAUUUAUCUGCCAAAAUUUGAUUGGUUAAGUGGAAGCCCUCAUUUAUCCUGUCUCAGCUGUGAUUGGUCAGUGUUCCACUGCUUCCACGGCCAGGUGCAUUCUCUAUUUUUCAUGACCAAUGUGGUGGUUUUAGCUUUAAUUUUGUGUAUCUGCUUUCUGUUCAGUAGGGUCUGGUAAAUGCAGGAGACUGUUAAAGACAACUUUGACAGACUUUUUUUUUUUUUUUUUUUUUAAUUCCUAUGUACAAUUGUUUUGUAAAAGUUCUCUUUUUUUUCCCUAAGCAAUUUGAAGUGCACUUUGUGAGAUGGGUCUGCUAGUUUUCUCUUCAUAAUUUUUUUUAAAAAACAUUAUGUUCAGUUGGUCAUCGGUUCAGGAUUGUCCAUCUGAAAGCUACUGUCUGGUUUCUGCUGUUUUGUGUGUGUGUGUCAGAUUGACUAACAGUAAGUACUCUCACUGAGAAACCCAGUGUGGAGCAGGUGCCCUGACACCAUCAACCCCCCCAACCACCCCCCCAACCCCAGCCUAGGUCAUCACUGUCCAGGACAAAACAUUGAAGUCAUACUCUAGGUCUCAAAUAAAUCACUCUAUUUUGAUAUUGGAAAACA